AUGUCUUCUUAUACAACCUCUAGCAAGAUAUUAACUGAUAACUAUUGUAAAUGGCAUGCUAAUUUAGUUGAUUUACCAAGUUCUCAGACAGAUAAAAUUCAUUCUAGAUUAUAUAAAGCAUAUAUAGAAGAGACUGGACUCAAUCCUUGGAUAAAGUCUGAAACUUUUGAAUCCUUACAAAUCAAUGAAGUUAGCACGACCAAAAAGGAUGCCAAUAAUUAUAUAUCACAAGAUUGCAUUAUUAAAAUUUCUAACUUUCUAGAAGAGAAAGAUGUAAUUAUUGAAGCACCAGAGGCAGGCUUACACCAAUAUGCCAUUAAGCAUAAAAUGGAUCCCGAGAAAUUUUCAGUUAUUACAGAAGCUGAGAAAAAUAGAGAUUUGGAAAGAGACAUACACUUUUAUCGCAGUAGAAUAGAAAGUAAAGAAGACCCUAGAAAAUAUCGUGAAUUUUUAACAGAUCAGGAGAGGUGA